UAUGUCGCCUAUGAUGACACAAUGUUGAUUUUGUUUCAUUGAACAUAUAUAUGGUAAUAAUGGAAUUGAUACACAGAUGGUGUCAAUACUGUCAAUGGUGUGCUCUUGCAAGAAUCUAAUUCGUAUCUCAUCUUUGGUUAUGUAAACCAGUCGUAUAAAAGACUGACUGGAGAUACGUAUAUACAUUAUUCCUUAUCAAUAAUUCUGGAAAGGAGGCUGUUAUCCUAAACAGUAAAAAGAAUUUUUUAGUAAAGUUACAUCAAAUUGAUAAUGAGUAUAUACAAAGUGAAGGUAAAUCGAUGCUUCAAAGGUUGCAAAGAUUUCGAAUUUCGUAAGAUCGGAAUAAUUGGUGGUUCGGGUUUAGACGACCCAGAGAAACAAAUAUUAGAUUCUCGAAGUAUAACUAAGAAGGAGGACGCUAAAAAUGAUUUUGGAGUACCAUCCAGUGAUCUCUUCAAUGGGACCCUUAAUGGUGUAGACGUGGUAUUGUUGUCAAGGCAUGGACAGGGUCAUACAAUAAGUCCUUCUAAUGUAAACUAUCGUGCCAAUAUCGAAGCUUUACGCUUAGCUGGGUGUACUCACAUCCUAGCUUCGACGGCAUGUGGCUCUUUGGUAGAAUCUAUUACCAGAGGACAAUUGGUCAUUCCAGACAGUUUUCUAGAUAGGACAGUAAAAAGGAAUACAACUUUCUAUGAUGGGACCUCAAAGAAGUAUCCAGGUGUGUGUCAUGUUCCAAUGGAACCAUGCUUCGAUCCAACUACCUCCAAGAUAUUGUACAAUGUUGGUCAGGAAUUGGGAUACGAUAUAAAAAAAGGUGGAACAGUCGUUAGCAUCGAGGGACCUAGAUUCUCUUCUAAAGCUGAAAGUAAAGCGAUGCGUAUAUGGGGUGGGGAGCUGAUCAAUAUGACUACAUGCCCAGAGGUAUAUUUAGCGAAGGAAGCGGGACUUCUCUACGCAGCUGUGGCAAUGGCAACUGAUUACGACUGCUGGAGAGAUAGCGAUGACAAUGUUCAUGCUGCUGACGUGAUAAAAGUAUUUAAAGAAAACGUUAUCAAGAUAAGAGAGAUACUCACAAAAGCAGUUCAUAUCAUUAACGAAAAGAAUUGGGAUAAGGAGAUCGAUGCUUUAAAGGAUUUACUUCGAAGUAGCAAUAUUUCUUCCUAAAUUUUUUAUACGUGGAUUCACGUAUGCUAUAUUAAGAAUUAGUAUUAGUUUUUUUAUAUUCAUGACCUUUCAAGACGUUUGUUAACUUUAAUAAAUACGAUAUAAUGAAAAUAAAA